GGAGAAUUAUGGUCAAACCGGUGAGUCACUCGUUGUCGGAUCACAAACCGAUAGUGAUGGACAUAAGGUUGAGGCUUGGGAUAGAGAAGGGGAGAGGAUUUUUCCGCCUGAACAGCCGCGUUCUCGAGGACCCAGGUAUCAAGGAGUGGGUGGAAUCUCGCAUGGAGAGCUGGAAGGAUGCUCUUUGCCACUUCGAGUCGACUGCUCAUCGGUUGGAUGGAGGUUUGGCCAUCACCUCCGGUAUCCUGGAUGUUUGUUCACGGAUUCUAGCAAGAGCAAGAAAUAGAAAGGAGGCGGAGUGCAUUAGGAGGAUCGAAGAGGCAGAGGAAAGGAUGGGAAGACACCCAAUCUCAGCAAGAGUGUGGGCUGCUGAGAGGGUCAAGAGAAUGGCCGAAUGGGACAAACUGCAGGAGGACAAACAGCGGAGAUGGUUGGAGAUCCUGCAAGAGAAAGGGAUAGAAACGAAUGACAAAAUGAGCAAAGAAACUUUUCAGAAACUUCAACCAAGACGACUGCAACAGCAAAUGAUCGAACUAAAACAUCCGUUUGACGAGUCGGCCCCCACAGCCUGUUCAGCAGCAGGUAUGCUCCAGUACGCAAACUUGUAUUACGCAGACAUCCUCACAACCAGGCAGCCGAACGAGGAUGUCGACACAGACCUGUCGGCACAGUCAGAUAUGUGGACGGACACCACGGUAAAGCUCAGCACUGCGGCCGUGUUGGACUUGGACAGACAUGUUACUCUCGAGGAACUCACGCAAACAGUGAAAUCGAUGGCGAAAGGGAAAUCCCCUGGAAUUGACAGACUGACGGUGGAAUUUUAUUCCACAAACUGGAAGGGCUGUCCGCUCGCUCCGCUGGUCUUCGUGCUGCAACUAGAAGUUCUGCUUAAUAGGAUAAGACGAAACCCGGACAUCAGAGGACUACAGGUGCACGGUGAGGAGGAAUGCAUGGUAAAGGUGCUGGCGGAUGACCUCUUUGCAACCGCGAGCGACCUGCGGCGGGCCAGCGGAAGACAGACCGGAAGACGGGAGGCCGCCAUAGCCCAGGCUUUGAUGGAUGUGCACUCCUCGCCGGGCCUAUGGGAUGCGCCAUUCUUGUUGUCCAAUGCCAUCGUGGCGGGUGUGAUGCCGAGGGAGACCCCGAGGUGGUGGGUGAAAAGAAGGACGGGCGGAACAUGGAGGGACCUCACCAUCGCCGACGAUGCAAGUGACGACUACUUCCAUGACAAAAUGCGGAUGACGAGGACGGUGUUCAAUGACAUAGUAGCCGCCUGCAGUCCUUUCAUUCAGUGCAGACUUACUCACUAUCGGGAGGCAUUGCAACCCGACCAUAUCGUGGCUUACAUGUUGUACUGGUGGGCAUCAGGAGAAACUUUCGAGAGCGGCACAUCGUCGUUCGGCAUUGGGAGGUCAUCGGGGAUCACGACUGUGAAUGAUGUGACAAAUGCCAUAUUGGCUGCAUAUCCAGACAAGAUUGCAAUUCCAACUGGUCGUCGUCUCCUACAGGUCCUCCGAGCUUUCAGCGGUAAAGGUUCCCCGAAUUGUUUUGGAGCCAUUGACUGCACCCACAUCUAUGUGGAUAAGCCUGCAAAUGCGCCAUCAGAAAACUACUUCAACUGUAAGCAGCAAUUCUCGGUCGUGGCGCAGGUCGUCGUCGUCGACCUGGACAUGCGGAUCAUCAAUGUCUUCGUCGGUUAUCCUGGUUGUGUCCACUAUCAACACGUGCUGCGGAACUCUUCCCUACUCAGGCGAGCAGAAGGAGGUGACAUCUAAAACGCAGACCCCAUCCUCUGCCCGGGUGGUGCGAGGACGACAGGGUACCUGUUGGGGGACAACGGUUAUGCCCCGCGC